AUGGCGUCGCUCGCCUCGGUCCCCAGCUCCGUCACCAACCAGUGGACCUUUGUCCUGGCCCUGACCGCCCUCUUCCUCAGCGCCGUCGUCGUCCUGCAGAUCCUCUCCCAGUACACCAGGGGCUACAUCGUCGCCCCCGCCGAGGUCGUCAACUUUGUCGACGCCGCCGACUCGUCCGUCCAGGAGAACGAGAGCUAUGACCGCGACGUCUCCCGCGUCCAGCGCCUCGACGACAAGCUGAGGCUGGGCCGCCUGCUGCGCGAGAUCCAGAGGGGCGGCGACGACCUGCGCGAGGAGCUCAACUCCAUGCUCAUGGCCGAGCCCGCCGCCGCCGACGGCAUGAGCCACCUGAGCGACCUGAGGCUCAAGGCCACCGCCCGCCUGCUGUGGGCCUCCAAGCGCAAGGGGCUCGAGGACAAGGUCCGCCGCCUCGACAUGCUGCGCAUGCGCUUCCUCGUCGUCUACAUGGGCAUCGUCGCCAACUCGGGCACCGCCCAGGCCAAGCCGCCCGACAAGAAGCGGCCCGCCACCAACUCCGAGAAGAUGGGCAACCGCAUCCUCGAGGAGGAGUUUGCCGCCCGCCCACAGCUGCCCCGCGCCGUCACAGAGGGCAUCAAGAAGAAGCCCAUGCUCCGCCGCCUCAGCCAGCAGGCCAUGGGCCACAGCGACACCGUCAACCCGGGCCAUCAGGUGGGCUGGGGCAACGUCAUGAGGGAGCUGCAGCUGUCGCCGCUGCUGCACAAGCGCCACGCCAGCGUCGAGAAGGCCAUGUCAUCGCCUGGCUCCCCAUCAUGA